GAUAGAUAUUCAUUAUUAUUGUUUCGCGCGAUUCGGUUGAGUUAUACGUCCCCAGUUCGGAGCCACGUUUUGACCAGGAAAGGCAUUUUGUUCGUAUGUGAAAAAGCCAACCCUGAAUAGAAGCCAUCAGUUUUUUUUUGUUGCAUGACCAGUCAUCGGGUUAAACUUGUUUUGAUACAUAGGCAGCGAAAAAAAAGUCAGCCUCGUGCGAAUGACUUCGGGUGCAUACCUAGACGCCAACGUGGUAGUUGAACAUCAAUAGAGAUACCCCCAUACGGAUGUUAGCUUGCGCUGAAAGCGUGAAGCGUGAAGCACUCAACUUCCAAAUCUGUGAUUAGAGCGAAUAUUCUGCGACUAUUGUAUAACAGUCAAACAUCUUGCGCUAGAUUGGACAUCAAAAACGCCAACAAAUCGCAAGGGAAGCAACGAAGAAGAGCUUUCCGUUUGAGACGCAUUUUGGCUGGAAACAGACGAAUUAUAUUUGUUAAAGUGAAAAGUGUAAAUGCAAACAGAAAAACGAGAGCAAUAAAUUAGAGCUGAAUAAAGUGAUGAUAUGAAAUAAAAUUCUAUCUCGAUCAACUAAAAGAUACGCUACUGUACAGGCCAAGACAAACCGAGUGUCGCCGCUCUAUUGGGUUUAAUAAAUCUUAAUUUAAAGUAAAAUAAGUUGAUUGCUGUGUCUCACUGGUGUGCCUUGAAUAAGUCCCGCAUAGCAGCAAAUCAAACAAGCCAGCUAGCUAGUGACGGAGAAGCAAACCACUGUUCCCGUUUAAGUGAGAAUCACAUUUUGUGUUGUGUUCUGGUGGAGUUAACAAGCCAAAAAUGCUGUGUGCGCUGGAAUAUUGCGCGAAGCUAUGCUUCAGUAUUUAGUAGUGUGUUUGAGAUAGCUGCAUACAGCUACUAUUAUGGAUUGUAGCAGCUCGUUUGAGUAUUAUAUCAACGAUUAGGCACUGAGACACUUCACCCUCGAAGAGAUAAUCGUGCGCGCGUGUGCUCGGCUGUACCGUUCCUCGGCAUCGACACAAUCACCAGCAACGAAGCGUUAUCAAAAAAAUUUCCAUUGGAAGGGCUCAUUCCACAUCGUACCAGUGAACGGAAUGAAUCAAGUGUAUACUAUCGCUUGUGCUAAUCAGCUCGAAUUGAUCGCUAAAAAUUGCUAACAAUAUACGAAGAUAGGCCAUGUGCUAAUGGUCAGUGCGAAAAAGGCAACCAACCAAAGCGGGAAACAGGUUUAGUGAACGAAGCUGCUCGGAAAGAUUGUGCGAAAAUUAACCCAAAGGACGUUCUAUCUGGAAAACUAGGGAACAUUAUCAAAGUGGAGCUGCUACUGAAUAAAGUGCUUGAACAGUUGUCCCUGAAAUUCUGCGCCAUUAGUGUGCCAUAUGGAGUCGGAAAAUAAGUGUCCGGAGUUCGUCGUUUUUAUGGUUAACAAAAUGCUGAUUGAUAUUGACAAUUCUUUACUUCAAAACCAUCGACAGCGUGAAACUACUGGAAUAAAAAAGCUGUAUAACUCUUUCUUUGUGUUAUUUUAACUGACUCGCUAAUUAAAGGACCAGACUCUUUGUGUAUGUCCAAUACCAAUAUGUGUACUUAGUGUAAUCGUAUGCCCAGAGAUAUAAUUCCCGAAAAUAUUAGUGAAAGUGCAAAUAUUCUAGAUAUAUUCUUUAGAUAAAGUAUAUAUUAAAAGCAAUAAUAUUAAGGUACAUAUGGAACAGGGAAGUACGUUCAGCCGCCGACUAUAUCCGACCACGGGGUACUUAUCGAACCAAUAUGUAAACAGUUAAAGGGUCGUUAUACAAACUGUGAAAAUAUUUCCACGCCAUCCGUUGCACCUGGAACAAUUUGAAAAUAAGGGAAGAAUCAUACGUUGUAAUCGAAAAUUCGCUGCACCAACCACGCGCGUGUUAUCGCAGUCGAUAAAACAAGCCAAAAGUAAAUCGCAUUCGGUUUUGUGACAGCUAGUGAGACAUUGUUGGGAAAAAAACACAGGAUUGCUUUUCACGUGUAUUGCAAAGAAAUUGAAGGUGUAUGUUAGAAGGAUUACGCUUGUUCGUCAUCGGGUUCAUAAUUUCUUGGAAUAAGUGUACCUUCAACGAAUCAUCGAUUGGCACACCUUCAUCGAGAACGAGCAGGAGCUUCCGAUGCGAUAGAACUACGAAUGGCGGUAUCCUUGUUGGCAAACUUAUGCAAUAGUGGCUUCGAGCAGCUCUGCCAGACACCUGAGCCGUUGAAAUUCUACUA